AUGGCAUAUUACGAGACGCGGGCGGGCGACCUGCUAGAUCGCCUGACAGACUGCGGGCUGGGGGAUGGUAUGAGCGAGGAUGAUUUGUUGGGAGGCGGGGCCCGCGAGCCGCUCCGCUCCUGCUGCGUCAAGCUCGCGGCGCGGCUGUGGGCGCUGUGCCAGCACGCCGAGCUGGGAGACACCAAGGCCUUGCAGGCGGCGGCCGUGGCAGUGCGGCGCGCCGCCAACACCGAGGCGGCGGCCGGGGAGGGCCGCCUGGAUGCGGGCCUGAAGCAGCUAGCCAAGGUGCUGGAUCCUGGCUGCGCCCCUGCCAGCCGCCUAGAAGCCCUGGAGCUGCUCGUCGCCGUCCUGCAGGCCGGCGCCAUGGCGGCAGCCGCGGCGGAGCAGGAGCAGGCGGCGGCGGGGGUGGAGAUGGCGGAAGCGGAGGCUGGCGGCCAGGGCGGGGCUGCCGACAUGGACACCUCUGACCCGCUGGCUUAUGAUCUAUCGGCUGUGUUGCGGGCGAUUGCCAGCCUGCUUCACCUUGAGGAGGUGGCCUCCUCGCCCGCCACCGCGGCAGAGCUGGUGGCGGCGGUGCAGGCCCGCGUGCAGCAGCUGCUGGCGCAGCUGCCCGCCGGCUUCUUCGAGCCGCUGCUGCCGCCGGGGUCGCUGGGCGAGGCGCAGCUGGCCACCCUAGCAGAGGUGGAUGCCGCGCUGCGGGCGGAGUACGGCCUGCGGCGGCGCAUGCUGGCGGAGCGGGCCAAGGUCACGCUGCAGUCGUUCCUGUGGAGCCCCCGCCUGGAGCAGAAGGGCACCAAGGGCGAGGCGCAGGUGGUGGUGGACGGCGCGGUGCGUGCCAUGGUGCCCGAGCCGGCGGUGGCGCUGCAGGGCGUGUUUGGCGCCACGCUGGCAGACCUGCUGGCAAUCCUGGAGAAGGCGACCAGCGGGGAGGCGGGCAUACACGCCUCGGUCAAGGCGGUGCUCAUCGGGAAGGUGCCCGACCGCGGCGGGCGCACCGAGGGCCGCAAGCGCGAGGCCGACAUGCCCACCUGGGCGGCACGCAAGGUCACAGAAGGCGGCGGCAGAGGAGGAGGGAGGGGCGGCGGCAGGCACCACGGCGGCGGGCGCGGCCGCGGCGGCGGCGGCAGAGUGCAGGGCGGCUGGCAAGGCGGCGGCGGCGGCGGCGGCAAGGCUGGCGGCGGCGGCAAGGCUGGCGGCGGCGGCGGCGGCUGGGGCGGGAGCGGCAAGGGCAAGAUGAAAGUCUGA